AGAAAAGGGUGGAGAAGUAUCGGCGGCGGAAGGAGGGCAAAAAGGGUAAAGGACGAUAAAAACUAAGACUGACCUCACCUACCCUCUACCCCACGCCUCCUUUCAGUCGUGAGUCAUCCCACUCUUCCUUUAAAACCCUCCCUUUCCAACAUUUUUCUCUGCCAAUUCAAAACCCGCCUUCUCCCAAUUCUCAAUCUUCCUCUCAGCCAUGUCUUCCUUUAAGAGCAAGUACCAAGAUGAGCUUAUUGCCAACGCUGCUUACAUCGGCACCCCAGGAAAGGGCAUCCUUGCCGCCGAUGAAUCAACCGGUACGAUUGGCAAGCGUUUAGCCAGCAUUAAUGUCGAGAACGUUGAAACCAACAGGCGCGCUCUUCGCGAACUCCUAUUCACCACACCCGGUGCUUUGGAGUGCCUCAGUGGUGUGAUCUUGUUCGAGGAAACUCUAUACCAAAGCACAGCUGCAGGAAAACCUUUCGUCGAGGUGCUAAAGGAUGGUGGAGUUCUUCCCGGUAUUAAGGUUGAUAAGGGCACAGUAGAGCUCCCUGGUACAAAUGGCGAAACCACCACUCAGGGUUUGGAUGGCCUUGGUCAGCGAUGUGCAAAGUACUAUGAAGCUGGUGCCCGUUUUGCUAAAUGGCGUGCUGUGCUCAAGAUUGGCCCCAAUGAACCAUCUGAGCUGGCUAUCCAUGAAAACGCGUAUGGUUUGGCUCGCUAUGCUGCAAUUUGCCAGGAGAAUGGCUUGGUUCCUAUUGUGGAGCCUGAGAUCCUUGUUGAUGGAUCUCAUGACAUCAACAAGUGUGCUGCGGUGACAGAACGCGUUCUUGCCGCAUGCUACAAGGCUCUAAAUGAUCAUCAUGUCCUGCUCGAGGGAACUUUGUUGAAGCCCAACAUGGUGACCCCUGGAUCGGAUUCUCCAAAGGUUGCACCAGAGGUGACUGCCGAAUAUACUGUUAGAGCUUUGCAGAGAACUGUUCCCGCCGCAGUCCCUGCUAUUGUCUUCUUGUCCGGAGGGCAGAGCGAGGAGGAGGCAACCCUCAACCUCAAUGCCAUGAACAAGCUCAAGGGGAAGAAGCCAUGGUCACUUUCCUUCUCUUUCGGAAGGGCACUUCAGCAGAGCACCUUGAAGGCAUGGGCCGGAAAGGAUGAAAACAUCAAGAAGGCCCAGGGUGCAUUGUUCACGAGGUGCAAGGCCAACUCACAAGCAACCUUGGGAACAUACAAGGGUGACGCUACCCUUGGUGAUGGUGCCUCUGAGUCUCUUCAUGUCAAGGACUACAAAUACUAAGCUUAUGUGAUUCAAGAACUUGUUUUCGACAUUUUUUCACUAUUAACACCAAGUUUUUGGUGUUCUUUUAUAGUUUUAGACUACCACUCUUUUGCCUUCUGCUCUUUUGAUUAAUCAUAGGAGGGUUAGGGAUUAAAGAAUAAUUGCUUCAAGCUGCAUUGGCUAUCAGCUACCCCUUCCCCCCUUUUCCCUUUCUUUGGAUAUCUUUUAGGUUUUUCGUUGAGGUAGUUUUCCUGUGUAAUAGAGUAUUGGAUAAGAGUUAUUUCUUGCUUCAAUGCAAUUGGAGAACAGUUUGCCACCA